GACAAGGCUGGUUGUCUGAGUGAGGCAGCGGCUUCGUCCGGAGCUUCGGUGAUGGCGGUUAAAAAAAAGAUGCUGCAGCUCUUUGUCGGCGAUGAAGCGGUGUAAGUCUGAUGAGCUGCCCCUGGAUGAGGAGCAUGGGGUGAAGGCAGCAGCUGGUGCUGAUGCUGCGAUUCGACAGCAGGGUGAUGCUGCUCCUUCAGAGGCUGGCUGCCCCUUGCUCUCCCUGCCUCCAUCCCGCAACAGCAAAACUCAAGAUUUGAAGAAAAUCCAGCAAAUAUCGGAAGGAGGUGGUUCAGGUGGUAUGUUUGGACAUGGUUUGAAGCAGCUUUUCCAUCAUCGAAAGCGGUCUCGGGAGCGUGAUCAGAGUAUGCAGGAUUCAUCUCAACUCCACCACCAUCCUUAUGGCCACUCCGAUCAUGACUCUGCCGAUGAAAAGGAACGAUCUCCUGAAAUGCACCGCGUGUCCUAUGCUGUGUCCCUUCAUGACCUUCCUGCUCGUCCCACAGCCUUUAACAGGGUAUUACAGCAGAUCCGGGCUAGACCAUCCAUCAAGAGGGGAGCUAGUCUCCACAGCAGCAGCAGGAGAACAAAAAGUGGAUCAAGUGAAGCCCAGAAAGGAAGUCCUCAUCUUGUGCGCAAAGCACCUCAAGACAGUUCACUGACUGCAAUUCUGCAACAGCAUCAGUACAGGCCCAGGUCAUCAUCCACUACGGACACCUCAGUUACUGCUGGAGAAAUUAACGUCGUACAUCCAGCAGGUGAAGAAUCCGAAAGAACCACCGACAAGCUUGAAAAAGGAGAUGUGAGUACACUGAGCCUGCCAGCAAACACAAGCUAUGGGGGCUCAGACACCAAUAUUAGCCUUGAGGUGCCUGAUGGCACCCCAGAUCCUCAUAAGACAAAAGCCGCCAUAGACCAUCUUCAUCAGAAGAUCCUGAAAAUCACAGAGCAGAUAAAAAUUGAGCAGACUGCACGGGAUGAUAAUGUAGCAGAGUACUUGAAGCUGGCAAAUAAUGCAGACAAACAACAAGCCUCCCGUAUCAAGCAAGUCUUUGAGAAGAAGAACCAGAAAUCGGCACAGACCAUUGCCCAGUUGCACAAGAAGCUAGAACACUACCACAGAAAGCUAAAAGAGAUAGAACAAAAUGGCCUUUCGAGGCAGCCAAAGGAUGUUCUGCGGGACAUGCAGCAAGGUCUGAAGGAUGUGGGUGCCAACGUCAGAGCUGGAAUCAGUGGAUUUGGCGGAGGUGUGGUGGAAGGUGUGAAGGGAGGUUUGUCUGGCCUUUCUCAAGUCACUCACACAGCUGUAGUUUCCAAACCAAGGGAGUUUGCAAGCCUGAUACGAAACAAGUUUGGCAGCGCUGACAACAUUGCCCAUUUGAAAGACACGUUAGAUGAGUCACACCAGGAGGAGGCCACCAGGACUCUAAGUGGCAGUGCUACAUUGGUGUCAAGCCCCAAGUACGGAAGUGAGGAUGAAUGUUCCAGUGCAACCUCUGGCUCUGCAGGUGGCAGUAACUCUGGGGCAGGAGCUGGAGGCAUGGGGAGUCCAAAAUCAAAUACAUUGGACAGUCAUCAUAACAAUUUUGAUACUAUCCUGGAUGAACUUCGUGAAAUUAAAGAUGGUCAGUCUCAUUUGGAGGAUGCAAUGGAAGAUUUGAAAGGACAGCUACAAAGAGACUAUGCCUAUAUGACGCAGUGUUUGCAGGAAGAACGAUACAGGUAUGAGCGUCUGGAGGAGCAGUUGAAUGAUCUGACAGAGCUUCAUCAAAAUGAAAUGUCUAAUUUGAAACAGGAACUUGCCAGUAUGGAGGAAAAAGUGGCUUACCAGUCAGAUGAGAGAGCCAGAGAUAUCCAGGAGGCUCUGGAGUCAUGUCUUACCCGGAUUACCAAAUUGGAACUUCAGCAGCAGCAACAGCAAGUGGUGCAGCUGGAGGGAGUGGAGAAUGCUAAUGCACGAGCACUGCUGGGCAAAUUCAUCAAUGUCAUCUUGGCACUCAUGGCUGUCAUACUGGUCUUUGUCUCCACCAUCGCCAACUUCAUCACUCCUCUCAUGAAGACACGGUUCCGGGUUCUAAGCACACUGCUACUAGUGCUGUUCCUUGUUUCUCUGUGGAAGCAAUGGGAAAAUAUCGUAUACUUCUCAGAACAGAUCUGGUUGCCCAGUUGAUCUUGACGCAUUUGGAAGCUGGCAGAUGGGCGUCUCUUUUUUAAAGAAGAUUUCAGGAACUUGUUAAUUUUCUCUUCCCCUCCCCUGCCUUUACCACUUCUCGUUGACAAUAACGGGCACAUGCAACUGUGCAAUUCAUGAUAAGAUGGAGCCCAGUCAGAAGGCAGAUUCCUGACAGAGCUGAUCAAACCACUUCUUUUUUUUAGAAGGUUUUAAUCAAAAAGCCUCUGAGAAACUGAUUGCACGCACUUUGAUGUGAACAAUGAGGGAAUGCAAUUUGAGGAAGACUCUGCUCUUUCUGUACUGUACCAUUUCAGUAUUUUUUUGUUUUCUCGUUAACUUAUAACAAAUAUUUAAUUUGUUUUGAGGGCGGAGCAGGGAGAGAAAAUGUAUUGUUUGCGUGAGUGCUUAUAUAUUUAUUAUAACUAAUAUACAUUCAAUUAUAUAGCAAAAAUGGUUUGCAAAAUCCCUUAAUCACAUUGCACAUUCCUGUUUAUGUGAAACAAUCCGUGAAACUAUUCAAGUUAAUUUUGAAGGCAUUCAGUAGAGAACUGUUGGAGAUAAUUUAGUUGGACAGCUCAAGCAACUGGUGAAGGAAAUCUCAUUUUAUUCAUUUGGGAAUGUUUGCAAUGAAGAAAUUGUUAGAAUAUUGGAGGAAAAUUUUUAGAUGCUCUUGGCAACACAUCAGUGCCGUAAUGGACCACUCUUUUUUAGUUUAAACUUUUCCAGUCUUGCAUUCUUCUCAAUUUACUCAUUUGCUGCUGCCAGUGAUCAGUAAGUGGGGAAACUUUCAAUCACAUGCUGGCCAGAAAUGAAAUGUCAAGAGAGUGCAUUACUGAAUAUUGAGGGUGGGAAAUCUAAGGAUUUCUCUAUUCAGUAGAAAGUAGGUACAUUUAUAGUUUGUUUUAAAAACUCAUUUGAGAGUGUCACUAGGAAUUAAGACCAUCAUGAUGAAUGUUACUAAUUAAAUUAUUUACAUUUUUAAAUGCAUUUAAGUAUGAUAGUUUAUUGCACUUUGCUCUCCCCACUAACUUUGCAAGCAUUUGACUUGUUAACUAGGCAAUCGCCUUGCCCUCUCUGGCCACAUUGAAUCCUGUGAGUAAAAGCAAGAAGGAGCUUGUUGGGAUUGGUGUUAAAAUUGUACAAAGUGGAUUUUCUUCCCCCUAGCUGCUGCAGUGUCAAAUUGUUGCAGGGGAUGUUAGCUUUGCACAUAUAUAGGUCAUGCUUGAAAACUUUAGCUUCAUCAGAACACAGUAGUUUUUUUUUGUUCUUUUGUUUUAAAAAUAUUUUUAUUUGUUAUGCAGCAUUUGGUGGAAGAACAAAGGGGUAUUUCCCCCCAAGGCAGCAGCUAAAUAAUAAUGAAUAGAUAAAGAGUUUAUCAGUGUUCCCCUUUUUGCUUUCUGACCCUCCUUUCAGUUUCACAGAUCAUUGUGAACUAAUGGGAGCAAAUGCCUUAAUGGAUUUAUUAUUUUAUAUCAAUAAACAUGAAAUGAGGAACACAGUGUAACACAACAGGGGAGAGAUUGUGGCAGUAGCCUACACAGCAAGCAAACUCGUUAUAUGUAAACCAUAAACUGGGCUGCAGAUCAAUCAAUUACAUGGCUGUUUUCCAUUAAAAAAAACAUUUUGCCCUAUUUCACAUCUUGAAUUAACCAUCCUGGUGAUCUGUGGUUUUUGAUCCUGACAUUUAAUGCUGAAUCACGUAAUUUUGAGUAGACUGUUGAAGCAAAUACUGAUUGUACUGGGGGACAUUGUUCGGAUGGAGUAGAGGGAAAGCAGCAGUGAUAAGAUUCCUCCAUCACAUAAUUGAUAUUUAUGUGUACAAAAAUAACUGUGGUAGAUGGAACGCUGAAAAAAAUCACAAAGGCUGCAACAUCUCAACAUUUGCUUUUCUUCUUUAAUUAGAACUGGUGCCCUUUUAAGUGUGUGCGUAUGUUAGCUGUGGUUAAGAUGGUCAUAAUGUUACUCAAGUCGAUGCACAUAUUGAGGCAAUGUGACAUUGUUGGAUGAGACCUGUCUGCUCUCCUUGGUGGCAAGAACAAUUUUAUGUCACUCUUUCAGGGAAAAGUAAAGGCAUUAUCCUGCUAUCCUAGCUGACAUUAACUAGCAUUAGUAAAGCUAAUUAUCUGCCUGUUACCAAAUUGCAGUUUGUGGGUCAGUUUGCAAAUUGUCUGCUGAGGUUCCUUUAUUUUUCUUUGAAGUAUUUCAUUUGUGUGAAAGGUGCUGUACAAAUGCAAAUCUUUCACAAAAGGCAUUGUCAGGCUGAGUACUAAUUUGAUAAGAUUCAUUAAGUUAAGCAGGGUUCAGGGUUACUGGAACCUGGGUGUAUAGGCUCAGUGGCCUGAAAAUCAAUGGGAGUAAUUUUCUGGAAUCUGUCUGGGCUGUGGUCAUGGCUAUCAUGGCUUAGUGUGUGAAUAUAUUAUACAGUUCAUCCCUCAAGUCAAAUAAAAAUUUAGUCCCAGGUUUAUUUCCUAGGUUGUAAUGAAGCAGCAGGGGUGGUAAGAUGACACAAAUUGGCUUCAAUUGGAGAAGGGAAAAUCAGCCAUGGUUCUGUCUGCUGACCCAUAUUUAGCAACUUCUGCACGCAUUCACAUGUUGAGGUUGAGUAAGACUAUUGGGCUAAACCAUUACCUCGUCCACAAUUGAGUAGCAUUCCUGCUGUGGUUUUGGAGCUGGUGCACAAAAAUGAUAGCUUGAACAAGGAACUGUGUCGAUGCAAGGAGUCAAUGUUGAGGAGGGAAGGAGAGAAAAUGGAAGCUGAGAGAGGCUUUUUUAAAAAAAGUUGGGAAAUAAAUAACUUAGUCUAUUUGUACUGCAAGUAAACCAAAUCACAGCAUAAUUGGCACUAGUAUAAUGUGUGAGGAUGUGGUGUCAGCAGGGUCUAACUAAUCCAUCAGUAAUACACUUUGGUAUGUAUAACAGGAAGGGCGAUAAUCCGAAGUAAUAUGCUGUUAACGCAAUUAAAGUUCUCACCAUGUAGGAAGGGAUGUGCUUUCCUGUACAGGAACAGCAUGAGGAAAAAGGAGUGUACAGUGUGAAGGUCAAUUUCUAAUCUCCAGUGUAACAAGACAUGUUUUUUUAAUAUAAAAAUUAAAAUGAUAUAGGGACAUUACAUUUCUAAUUUGUUUGACUCAGAUUUAAUAUAUAAUGUUUAUUUUUCCAGUUUUAAUUCCUAGACGUACAUUUAUAAAGGGAGCUGAUUUUGUAAACUUUCGUAGCUACACCAUUGCCCUCCUGAAAACAAUGGUGCUGCAGAACUUCCACUGGCAAGAGGGUCUAAUUAUAAUGUGACAAGUUUACCUGGUUGUUUCCAUCAAUAAUGGACAUAGGGAUUUACAUUGGAAAUUUAAGGACAAAUUUUAAAUAACGGAUUGAAUUAUGUUUGCAUAGCUUGGUCCAUUUAUCAUCAUUCCAACACUCCUCUGAAUGUAACAUCAUGGGAUGAUGAUCAGUAAAAUAUAUUAAAAUAAUUCUGAAUAAUGUUCAAAGUAAAUAGAUUUCUGGAACUGAGUUACAAGUAGGUUACAUAAAAUAAGCUAAUCACUGUCCCACUUAUUCAUUAAUGUUAAUAAUUACUGGUCCCAAAGGACCAUGAUUUAAGACUUGGCAUUUGAUUUUGUUAGUUUGAAACUGUGUAGCAAAUUUCUCCCUUCACUGCUGGUGCCAAAAGCUCAGUCUGUAGCCCAUCAAAUUACAUUCCUUAUGAUUACACUUAAACCAAUGAACUGGUUAUCCGGUAAAACCGAAAUUGUUGUGCAUGAUGGAAAUCUGAAGCAGAAAUAGAGAAUUUGGGGAAGAUACAGCAGCCUGUCAGCCACCUCUGAGCAGACAAGAUAACUUCCAGGGUGUGAAACCUUCCAAUUUGAAAAAUAAAUUGCAGGCAUGUUAAUAGGUUCAGAAAAAUGAGAGGGGACAAAUAUACAUAGGCAAACUGUAGGAGGAAUUAUGAUUGGAAUAACAGAACAGAUCUGUUUUACCAUUUCAUUCAUAAGCCUCUGAAUUUGUAAAUAUAUAUUUGUACAUAUGUAGACCCUUCCCUCUUUUUCUAAUUGGGUUUCCAUGCACUCCUUAUUUCUUUGAAGAGGGAUCUAUAUUCUAAAUGGAAAAUCAAUUUUAAAAUAAUGUAUGUUCUUAAAUCUUGCCUGUUCUCUCCACCUACUGACUCAUCUGCCAGGGAUUUCCACUAUUUUCUGUUUCUGUUAAGUUAGUAUUAGGGUUUGGUUUUGGAUCUUUCAGCAAAUAGUGAUCCAUCAUAAAGCCUCAGAAAAUGAGUUAGGUUAUUGUAAAGUCCAUCAUCAAACCACCAAAAUGUCUGUGUGAUUUGGUGUGUCGACAUAUUCUAAUUUUGCACAAAAGCAGCAAAUGGAGUUCAGACUUCAAAAGCAAAUCUACAAAAAGAAAAACAAAUGUUCACCGCAAAUAGUAUGCCCUGGUUACGGGCGUGAAACUGGAAGAGAACUAUACAGAAGGUAAAUGAACAGGAAAGGCAUCAUGCUGUAACUGCAAAUCUAAAAACUUUUGGGAGGACCUUAUUUCACAACUUUUGUACUUACAAUUUUGACACAGCCAUUAAAUUUUCACAUGUUGAUAGUCAUAUAAUAUUAGAGUUUGUUGGACACAAAGUUUAAAAACCAAAGUUUUCAUUGUAGAAAUGAUCCCAUAUUGGGGAAGAUUUCUGCUAUCACUGUAGUGAGUUUGUAAAUAAUUCCCAUGUAUGUGAUUUUAAAAACUACUCUAUGAUAAUGGAAUUCAUUCCUCUUGUGUGUCAGCAGCUAGACAAUUAAUUGAUUAUUUUCCUUUUCAACUUUAAGAGUAUUGUACUUUGAGAUUUACUGCCACUUCCUAAAUGGAGCUCUCCCUGGGGAUCUUGCAGCUCUUGCACCAUCAAGCACUUUACACAGGCAGAAUAGACAUUGUAGUAAGGCUGUCAAAAAGGCACUAUUACCUUGGCGCUCAAAUGCAGGAGGUAAGUGAUCCUGUUUUGGGAGAAUAGCCUCUGUGUGCUGUACUGUAUUACUGUUAUUGCACUGGACUAUGCUGUGAAAAACAUGGCUAAAAGAUUGAAUGCACAGGUCCUGAUGCUUCACCAUUUUACUGAAACAGGCUGUCUUAAUCUGAUGACAGAUUUGUGGACCUCCAUUUUCAGGGGUCUGUUAUGCCAUUGGUUCUCUGAAUGUCAUGUUAUUUACAUUAAACAGUGUCACUAACAGAGGAAGAAUAGCAUGUCUGCCAUUGGCUGCAACUUAUGUUAUUAACAUUUAUCUUAAUAUGGAAAGAGAGGAUAUGUCAUGGAACACAAUCUAAUGCCUAGUUUAUUUUGUUAGUAGGGGUCUCUGGUAACUAACCAGGGUUAAAAUUAUUUAUGAGUGUAUGAAAGCCAAUCUUUCAAUUGAAAUAAAAAGAAUGGCUCCGUGCAAAUGGUAUGUUUUAUUUUUUUACGUAAUUAAUCGGGUUACGUAUGCUCUAAUGUUGCCUUUUAUGCCUUAUGAACUGGAUCCCUGUUUCCACAUAAGAUGACAAGCUGCCAGUUUGAAAGUAAUCAAAAAUGGCAUAAACAGGAGGUUGUGUUGCGAAUCAGGAAUACACUUUUUAUUUGAGGUACAUCCCACAUGCAGUUAAAAAAUGAUAUUUGGAAGGUGAGGUUUGUUUUAUUUCAAUGACCUUUGCUCCAUGCCAGUGGUUCUCCCUCCCUGUUAAAAUUACUGUAUGACUGAGAUUAGGCUUGAUCUGUUUUCUGGUUGGACUAAUGUUGUAUCGCCCUGUUUUAUAUAUGGACACUUUCUAAUAUAGAGAACUAUGAAGGAUAUUACUAAUUUCUUUUAACUAAAACAAACCUCAACAAAAAGUACUGACCUUCAACUACUUCUUCUUUGCUUAACUAAGUACCUAAAAUGCUCUACGCUGUUUCCCUAAUGAACAAGGCUGCAGUGUGAGAGCUGAUUCCAUUCAAAGACGUGUGUAUUAUUAAAAUCUAUCUUCUGUUCAAAUGGAAUUACAAGACAGUUCACCAGUUGCAUCAAAGGGGGUACUGCUGCUUAUAAAGCACACUUAUUAAGCGGAUUUACAGCAGUAGUUCAGCUUUAAUUUCUCGGCUAUGCAACAGAACUGGAAGUACCAUCCUAAUUCUGGAUUUUCAAGGUUCAAAGACACACAAGGGGUAAAAACUAGUGGACAUCCAAAAAAUACACAACCAUCUGUUCAAAUGUGCAAUAAGAUCCUAGAACAGGGCACUCCAGCUUUAAUGCUGUAUAAACAUUUGCCUGUGCUUAUGGUUCUCUCCCUCAACAGAGAACAUGUGUGAAACUUGCACUGUAUUUCCUCAAGACAGCUUUAUUGAUUGGAGGGAAAGGUCCACUGUGUUGCAGUAAAGAACAUGGAAACCUGAAGGUUGUGUGUUACAAACACUAACUAUAUGGAAGUCAGAAGUCCUUCAAUUGCUGAAGCCAAUGUAAUCUACCACAAUACUCUUUGCAUGUUACAGGGUCUAAAGUUUAUUUUGUUACUUAUUUAAUGAGACAACCUGAAGUUAAGUUAUACUAUAUUUGUAUUGUUGAUUGAAUUAUUUAAUUGCUCUUCUUGCUGACACACCCAUAUGUGUUGCUGAUUCUUGACACCUUGCAGGUCACCUGCUUCACAUUUUAUUGUUUCACCAGGUCCUGGGGAAGAAGUUUGAAAACUCUCAGACUGUUUCCGUGGCAUUUCUAGAUAUUUCUAGUGUAAAUGUUGAUAUUAUUCAGCAAUUGGAUUAGUUCCAAUGCUAUUAUUUCAAGGUUAUACUUAUUUAAAAUAUGCUUUCUUUCAUUUACUUGUUACAUGAUAUUUAUUACUUAAAAGCAAUUGUUACAGAUUUUUCUCUGCAAGCCACAAACAAUUGAAAGUACUUGUUUGUACAUGGGAGAUAUGUUCAGUUUUGUUUUUUUUAAGAAAAUUUGGUUGUGUUGUGAAGUCUUUCUAGAAGAAUUAUGUGCUCUCCACCCUGUUAUAAGAUGCAUUACAAAUUCUUAGGCCACCUAGAAAUCCAUUCUAUGUGCAGACCACUUUGUGCACGAAUUCGUUCCUGAUUAUCAGUCCUAAAAUUAACCAUUAUUUGAACCUCUUAAUUGUUUACCACAGAGGGUUUCAAAGUAUGUAUUGAUAUAACAAAGUUUAUCAGGAUUUAACAACCUUGUACCUCAGCAUUUCAAUGUUUCUCCACUUCCAGUCCAGUGCUAACGCCAUGUAGAUCAUUUCAUUCUGGGUGUGUGCAUCACCUGGAGCUGUAUUUGGGGUACAGUGUUAGACCAAGGCUAAGUUCCCAAUCUCAUCUAAUGAUGAGGCUGAAAAAUAUGUCUGAGCAGCCAUUAGAUGGCAGUGUGCUUGUGACAUUCUGAAUUACCUGAGCAUGCUUGGAGGAAUGGACAGAGAUCAGAGGACUAACCCGAACUCUUGAUCUGUCACAAGAGGACACUCUGUUCUAACGAUAAUAUUGAAGUGGUUGGAGACGAAAACAAAAUUAAAACUUGUUAGUGCAUGGAUUUCAGCAGGAAGUUAAUUAAAUUAUUAGAUUAUUUAAAUCUGAAACUACCAAUUUUCAGGCCAGCUUCCCUGACCCUCCAGAUGCCCAAUUGACAUUGGGCUCAUUUUCUUUACCACCCAAAGCAUACACCAAUGCCAAGGAAUUUAAUGCCUGUACUUUUGAGAUAUUCAGGUGGACAAAGAAUCAUUUUUUGGUUGGGAGGAAAAAGCCUCUGAAGAAACAUUACUGAACAAAUAAUGAUCUAUUCAAUGUUAAAAAGAGUAAGGAUAAAUAAUUAAUUGUUACCUUUUGGUUACUGAGUCCUUGGGAAAUUUUACCAAUCAGUGUUCCUCAUUUUUCAAAUGUGCACAGCAGAAUGUUUUGGGCAUGAGUUUUCAACUAUACACAAUAUAUAUUGGAAUAUUCCAUCACUCAUUGAUUUUACUUUCUGGAAGAAUAAAUGUUCUAAAUAACUGUACAAUUCACACAAUCAAAAUA